AUGUCUGCCCGCGUUCCCCUCGCGCUUCUUCUCUUCUUCGCUGGCUCUUCUCAUGCCUACGUGCAAACAUUCUCCAGAUGCCCCAAGAACACAGUCGACGCCGAAGUCAUGCUGGGAGAUCUGAAGAAGAGAGGAUUCGACAUUGUCAGGAGGCCUCGAGAUGCGGAUGUAGUGAUAGUCAACACCUGCGCUUUCAUCGAAGAAGCUAAGACGGAGUCUGUGCAGGCUGUGCUGGAAGCAGUGGAUCUCAAGAAGUCAAGCGCCAAGGGAGUCGUCAUUACAGGGUGCAUGGCUCAGCGGUACGCGCAGGAGCUCGCGGACGAGCUACCUGAGGUGGACGCGGUGGUUGGAUUCGAGAAGUACGCGGACAUCGGCAACCAGAUCGAGAGCAUCAUCACUAAGAGCGGCUUCGCCAUGCCCGAGGUGGCGGUGGGUAGCACGGACGUUCCGUUCCGCCCUGAGUGGGAGAGAGUGAGGAUCACACAGCAGCAUGCGGCCUUCUUGCGCGUGGCUGAGGGAUGCGAUCACAAGUGCACGUUCUGCGCCAUCCCGAGCUGGCGAGGACGGUUCAGGUCCAAGUCGUUCGACGCCAUCAUGGAGGAGGCGCGAGAGCUGGUGGCGACGGGGGUGACGGAGCUGAACCUCAUUGCGGAGGACACGAACCAGUGGGGCCAAGACUUCGGGGCUGCAGACAAGAGGAGGCUGGCGGAUCUACUUCACUCGCUGGCAGGGAUCGAGGAGGUCAGGAGGAUCUCGCUGCUCUACUGCUACCCCAGCUACUUUAGCGACGAGCUCAUCGACGCCAUCGCCAGCAUCGACAAAGUCUGCAAGUACAUCGACAUGCCUCUGCAACAUAUCUCCGACCCCGUGCUCAAGGCUAUGAACCGUCCUCCCCGCGAACACACUGUCUCUCUGCUCAAGAAGCUGCGCGAGAGGAUCCCGGGGCUGGUGCUGAGGACGACGUUCAUCUCGGGUUUCCCGGGAGAGACGGACAAAGACCAUCGCGAGCUCGUGGACUUCGUCAAGGCGAUGAAGUUCGAGAGGGCGGGAGUGUUCGCAUACUCGGAGGAGGAAGGAACUCCCGCAGCGAAGAUGCUGGAUCAAGUGCCUGCUGACGUGAAGGAGAGGAGGCGCGACGAGCUCAUCAGUAUCGUGCAGAAGUGUCAGAGGAAAUUCGCGGAGAGCCUGGUGGGCAAGCGAGUGGAGGUAGUCAUCGACAAAGUGGGAGAGGGAGGCUUCGGAUCAAUCGGGAGGACUCGAGCUGACGCUCCUGACAUCGACUGUGUCGUCCACCUCGCGCAGACUCUGCGACCAGGAACGUACGUGGACGCGCACAUCGUCGACACCUUCGACUUUGACCUCGUCGCUGACGCCGGCGACGUCAUGGUGUCACCGGAGGAAGCUGACGACAUCGUUAAGGCCGCUAUGCAGUGA